GCUAUGAAGUUUAGGAUAAACUAGCUUCUAAAUGGAACAUAUCUGUAGUGUCCAGUUUUUUUUAAUAUAAUGUUAAUGUGAUCCCGUAUUCAGUAUAAAUGCAGUGGAUACAGAUGCAAGAGACAAUGAAGGCAGGAGUUCAGUCUGUUGCUUCUUCCUCUUUUCUCAGCAUGUCAUUUACAUGUUUUUUUCUUUUGUUUUUUUUUUUUUUUUUUGUUUAACUUCCUGUGAACCCGUCUGAGUCCAGCAGUUUCCUCAGUUGCGUUUGCUUCACCAUCAUAUCAGCUGCACUGCAGUGUACACUUGUCAGACGACAUCAUUUUGACAUUUACUCAGCAACAUGAAAAGGAUGAAGUGGAGGCUCCUCUGUUGGCUGGUGCUGUAUUUGGUGUUUCAUAACAUCACCUGUAUGGGUAAUACAAGUUGCAACAGGGAUCGUAAAAAUAGUCAUCCUUCACGUAAUGAUCAAAAUUCAGUUUCAGAUAAACGUCAAGGCUCAGGUCGCUGUAAGCCCUCCAGUGGAAGAAAAGCAGCGAUUUUAGAUACCAGAUGUUGUAUGGAAGAAAUAAACAGCAUUUUGGAAAAGGGAACUGGACGCAAUACUAUUGACGCCAUGAGGAAUCUAGAACGAAUGCUAGAGGACACAGAGGUGAAUGGGACUACACCCAUAUCCAUCAAACGCUUAGUGGCCAUCCUGCAUAGACCCAAUGGCCCUUUCAGAGGCCUUGAAAUUAAUGCAAAUGAGACAAAGGCAAUGUCAGCCAUGGCUGUCAACAACAGCAAAGUGAGAAUUCAACUGCCGAGAGAGUUGGGUGUCGGAUCAGACAACACGAUUGUGUUCUGUAUGCUCACCUGGCCUGAAACAAAUGGGACCAUAUGGGAAGCCCCAGGUGAAAUAUAUGAGAGCAGACUGAUCGGCCUGAGCGUGCAAGGCAAGAACGUGUCCGGACUACAGGAGCGUGUCAACAUCACCAUGAAUCUCAUUUUGAAAGAAAAUGAGACCAGACGACCCAUGUGCGCAUUCUUUAAUUUUUCAACACAGAAAUAUAGCAGCUAUGGUUGUGAAACCCUGUGGGAUAACAGUCAGGAUCACGUCACCUGCUCCUGUGACCACCUCACAUACUUUGGUGUGCUCAUGGUGUCUGCUAAUAUCAGCCCUGAAGACCAGCAGAUUCUGACAUUCAUCACUCUGACUGGCUGCUCUAUUUCUCUUUUUGCCUUGGUCCUCACGGUUCUGCUCUUCAUCACAAAUAAAACAAUCAGGACAGACGUCUCCAUGAAGGUCCACAUCAAUUUAGCCAUUGCCCUGAUCCUCCUCAAUGUGCACUUCCUCCCCAGUCACACAGUGGCAGAGCUGUCCUCCCCAGGGCUCUGCCUGUAUGUGGCCCUUAGUCUCCAUUUUUCCCUGCUGGCCACUUUCAGCUGGAUGGCUGUUGAGGGGUUCCACCUCUAUCUUCUGUUAAUCAGAGUCUUUAACAUCUACGUCAGGCGAUACCUGCUCAAGAUCAGCCUGGUGGGAUGGGGUGUCCCUGCAGUCAUUGUAUCCCUGGUGGCCAUCAUAGACACUGACACAUAUGGACGCGUGCCUCUGGACUUAUCUAACUCGAACAGCACUGCGAUAUGCUAUAUACGUAAUGACAUGGUGAAGAACGUGACUACCGUGGGAGUGUUCAGCUUGGUGUUCCUCUUCAACAUGAUCAUGCUGGGGGUGAUGGUCCAACGAGUUUUGAGCCUCCGCCACAGCAAAGAGUUUGGACAGAGGAACCACGACAGAGCCAAGCGAGAGAUCUUUACCCUGCUAGGAAUCACUGUACUGCUUGGCAUACCGUGGGGCCUUGUCUUCUUCUCCUUCGGCUACCUGACCACUGCGGGCCUCUAUCCCUUCUGCAUCCUGAACUCACUGCAAGGUUUCUUCAUCUUCCUGUGGUUUGUGAUGUCGCUGAGAAAGAUUGGUAAAUCAGCUGAGACGAGCGGUGUAACACACAGCAUCAACAGCUGAGCUUGAAGCCAGCGCCAAGACAAGUGUUUUGUGUGUGUGUGUG